AUGGCCAUGCAGAUGCUCGUCCUACUCCCAGCUUUGGUCUCAGGGAACGGAAUAUGCCGGGGGAGGAGAGCCUUCAGCGAAAAGCAUGAGUGCGCGCCGAGGUGGUUUCAUUGCCCCAAAUGCGGCACCUCGUUUGGCACGCUCCUUCUGCGUCUUGGUCACCCCGAGCGCUUCGGGUCCUACAUCUGCGACGACAAGCGCACCGGGCCGUCCGGCUGUACGAACCCGGCGAACCUGCUCUUUGACGUCGAAGAUGCCUGCUUUGGCGACCGGCUCGGCGACAUGUCGGAUAGCUGCCUCGGCGCUCCACCGGGCAUGUGGCCUCCAGAGCGUGCCUUCGGCCUUCACCUGCCCAUCCCAAAAGGGCUGGUCUCGGCAGGGCAGAGUCGUUUUUACGGCAUCUUCCGCGAGCCCAAGUCGCGAGCCCUCUCGUCAUACACUUACUUCCGACGGCUGUUUAACGAGACCAUGCCCGACGUGGGUGGAGAGUCCCCGACCCCCGCAGGAGCAGCGUGGUACGCGCAGCGCAUCCGCGGUGUCGUGGCGCGGCAGCUCGCAGGCGAAACUAAGGGCAUCAUCUGCACGGCGCCGGAUAACCGAGGCCCAUGCCCGAAGGCGUUGCGUGCGCCGAAUCCGCAGCGCGUUAACGAAGCUCGAUUUCGGCUGAACGGGUUCCGUUUCGUCGGCUUGCAGAGCGAGUGGCUCCUCAGCAUUUGCCUACUGCGCACCAUGACAGACACGAAAUGUGAGGUCUCGGACACGGCCAAUGCCCGCCCAGGCGCACGUGGCAUCAUCAGCGACUCUCUCCACCGGCUCCGCAGCGCAAUCUACGCUGUGAACGACACCGACGACGAGGCGGUAUACGCGAUGGCGCGCCAGCGCUUCUGGGCCGACGUGGCGCUCUACAAUCUGAGCCGUUCAGGCUGUGAGCGGAAGUGCCGUCCCCCGCCGACGGCAGGCCUCGUCGUUCGCGGCUUUGGUGAUAUGGGCAUAGACCGCGAGGGGUACCCGACGCACUAUUCGCACCUGCUUCGCAACUGGCUGCCGCGCCUGUGGGAGUGCCAGGGGGACUUCCCGCAGGAGCGCGCACUCUUCGUCCCCAAGAAGCUUGUGCCUCUCUACGCUGACAUAGUGGCGCGAUAUGGAAUGACGAUCACCCAGGAGAAAGGCGUCGAGUGCGCCAUCCACAUACCAGCCCGCCCACCGAGCUACUUCUUCGACAUGUUUGCCGACCCCGCACGCAACUUGCGCGCCGAGCAGGGCUGCAGCUCCAGCGACGUCGUGCUAGUUCUGCGGACAAGCAAGCGAGCCGAGCGCCGGCGCUCGAUAGCCAACCCGGGUACCGUGGCCGAGGUUGUGGGCACGUUUGCUCGUCAAAAAAACCUGAGCUUCGAGGUCGUCAGUUUUGAAGACUACGCGUUUGCCGAGCAGCUGCGCAAGGUCUGCACUACGCGCUUGCUGAUUGGACAGCACGGCGCGGGCAUCGGCAACGCCUUAUGGAGCUAUCGCCGGCCAAUGGUGGUGCUUGAGCUGCCGCCUACGCUACCCGGGUGGUGGAGCGGUCUUCUCGCGCCGCGCUACGGUUUCACCUACUACCACGACGUCAGUGAAGGCCAUUGCUGGCACGACUCCGCCAACAAGAGCCAUAGUGUGACACGAGGGACGCGCGUAGGCAGCAAUACGACGAUGACCGUCAGCGUCCCGCACCUGCGGACGCUGCUGCACACGGGCUGGCUCAUGAUGCAGAAGAACAACCGCACCGCACGGAAGCAAGGCAAGCUCUGGGAAGGCGUACAACCCGGCAACACGAUUAGGCCGGGGACGACGCGGUCUUGGCACAAGAACAAAGGCGGAGGACGCAGUGGGAAUGCGAACAGGCCGUUCUGA